AUGUAUGACCUCCUGUUUUAUUUUCUGUUAAUAGGAUCUGUUUUUACCCUGAAAGUUCAAGUAAAUGACAUCAUCAGUCAUCAGUACCUGCAACAAGCGGUUGUAGAAGUGUUUGUUAACUACACAAAGACAAAUUCUACUCUUACUGGAAGCAACGGAGCAGUAUUAAUAAAAGUCCCCUACAAAUUAGGAUUAAGUUUAACUAUCGUAUCGUACAAGGAUGGCUACAUGUUAACACCUUUGCCUUGGAAGACUGGGAGGAUGCCAAUAUACUCAUCUGUGACACUUUCAUUAUUCCCACAACGUCAAGCUAAUAUAUGGCUCUUUGAAGAUAUUGUCUUAAUUACUGGAAAACUGUCUGAUGCCAAAUCUCAACCAAGUGUUCAGUUUCCAAAAUUAUUAAUAAAGCUUCCAACAAAUCACCAUAUUACAAAUGUUACAGCCUACCUGACAGUGCCAGAGCAAUUUUUGAAAGUGGAUAGCUUUCUCUAUACAACAGGAAUUCUUCUAAAUAAAUCGGGUUUCAAAAGCAUGGAAUUAGCUCCUCUUGCUGCAAUAUGUGUAAAUGUUCUUUUGACUGGGAAAGAACUGAAAGUAAAUGGUCCCAUUCAGAUUACACUUCCUCUUCCCACAAGUACUGUAAAACCAGGAGAUGCUAUACCUGCAUGGACAUUUGAUAUGAAAACUGGUGCUUGGGUAAGCCGUGGGCUGGGAAUGGUGAAGGAAGCAGAUGGCCAGUUAGUAUGGACAUACACUGCUCAACACUUAGGCUACUGGAUAGCAGCUCCACUGCCUGGAACAAAAGAAUCCAUUAUUAGUGCGGUUUCCAAGGACAUAACAGCCUAUCACACAGUGUUCCUUACGGCCAUACUGGGAGGUACUGUUGUCAUUAUCAUUGGAUUUUUUGCUGUUCUUCUCUGUUACUGCAGGGAUAAAUGUGGUCGGACACAAAAGAAGGAAAAAAAUACAACUAAGCUGGAGGUCAUAAAAAAAGACCAGACAACAUCAACAACUCACAUGAAUCACAUCAAUGCUGUCAAAGGGUCUUUAAAGCUGGAGGAUAAGUCACAGUUAUACACACCGAAGAUUUCUUCAUACAGCCCUCAAAGAAGGAUGUCUGUAGACACAGAAGAUGGAAAAUCACGAGACAAUUUUAAAAUCUACACAGAGGAUGCUUCUUAUCAGUCAUCCUGUCAGGCAAGAAAUUCAGCCCAUUCGUUAGAGCCUGCUCCUGGAGUUCGGCAUUUACAGCAGCCGAAGCAUAGUAACAGUACUCUUUCCCAAGCUCCUAGGGACAUUCAAGACCAAAACAGAUACCUUUCACUGAAAGAAGAGAUAUACGGGCUUUCCCAUAUCCCAGAACACUUAAUGCAUAUUUACAAUCAACCUAUCGCUAUUCUUCAAACCUCUGAACUUUUCCACUCCCCAGAACAGUUGCAUCCUGCUAAAUCAGCAACUCUGCCAAGAAAAGGGCAGUUAAUAUAUAGCCCCAUGAUGGAACCCAUGAAUCGUGACGGUUACAUGCAGACCUUACCAAAAAUGCCAGUGCACUCUCAUCCACAGCCUUCUGUCUGCAGAGAUGAAAACAAUACAAUAGCUAGCGAAGAGGGUUUACCUUCUCAAGCAUCAAACUGGAGCCGGUACACUAAUAGCUUACUGGAAUCUGUCUCUGUUCCUGGGACAUUGAAUGAAGCAGUUGUAAUGACUCCGUUUUCAUCUGAACUUCAAGGUAUUUCAGAACAAACCUUAUUGGAACUCUCUAAAGGAAAACCAUCUCCCCAUCCUCGAGCAUGGUUUGUGUCCCUGGAUGGAAAGCCAAUUGCUCAAGUGAGGCAUUCUUUCAUAGAUCUGAAAAAGGGCAGAAAAACAGAGAGUAAUGAUACCAGUCUGGAUUCUGGUGUGGACAUGAAUGAGCAUCAUCCUAGUAGGAAACUGGAGAGAGAGAAAACUUUCAUCAAAAAUAUGCCACAUUCUAAGAUCCUUUACUUGGAAGAUCUGGAUCUGAGCAGCAGUGAAAGUGGGACCACUGUUUGCACUCCAGAGGACCAGGCUGUGAGGCACAUUCUGGAUGGAGGGAAUGGGCAAGUCACAGAACAGCAUGAUGAAGGUCUAAGAAGAAAAACUGUAUCAGGAAGUCAUGAAUCUGGUAUCCCUUCUGCUAAAAGAAGGGAUAGACCAUCUAUCAUGAAAAGAGAUAGCAAAACUAAUAUCUGGAAGAAAAGAGAGGAGAGGCCGCUUAUGCCUAUAAAUUAA